AUGGCACGCUUCUACGGCCUACCAAAGGUCCACAAGCAGGGGGUACCGCUACGCCCCAUCGUCUCCUUACGUGGUACUCCAACCUUUGGGCUGUCAAAGUGGCUGUACCAGCGACUUUGUUUCCUUACCAAGGAUUCGCAGUGGACAGUGAAGUCAGCUGAAGAGUUCUUGACGCGCAUCAAACAUCUCGAAGUGGAGGCAGAUGAGGUGAUGGUGUCAUUUGACGUGAUCUCAUUAUUCACCUCCAUCCCACCCGCGCUGGCUAUUGACACUAUUGAUGGCUUUCUCCGGGAAAAGUAUGAUAAAACCGACCAACAGCUCAAACGAGCACACAUCAUCGAGCUCCUAGAACUGUGCCUUAAGACCUUCUUUACAUUCAACGGCCAAGUCUACGAGCAAAAGAAGGGGACACCGAUGGGCUCGCCUCUGUCUGGACUAAUUGCCGAAGCAGUUUUGCAGAGGCUCGAGCAGCAGGUCUUCAGCUCGUACCCCCCGAAGUUCUGGGCCAGAUACGUCGACGACACGUUCGUUGUAAUCAAGAGGAGCGAGGUGAAGGCUUUCAAGGCAUUGUUGAACUCCAUCUUUCCCGAUAUUCAGUUUACUAUGGAAGAGGAAGUCAACAAUCAGUUGCCCUUCCUGGACGUACAAGUUACGAGAUUGACAGACGGGAAGAUAAGGACAACGGUUUACCGUAAGGCAACAAAUACCAGGCGCAUCCUCCACUUCCGAAGCAACCACCCUGUUGGUCAUAAACGCAGUUGUGUCAGAACUCUCUUUCAACGUGUUCAAACACACUGUAGCGACGACAGUGGGAGGAAGGAGGAGAUGAAUUACUUACACGCCCUUUUCAAAGCCAACGGCUACCCGAAGUCCUUCAUACGCAAUUGCCUCAAAAAGCCUCAUUUUGAGCGGUCGAGUGGAGAAAAGCCCAAGUUCUGGCUCUCAAUACCCUAUGUGAAGAACGUAUCAGAGGCAACGGCAAGAAUCCUGAAACCUUUUGGGAUUGGCGUGGCUCAUAAACCAGAAUGCACCAUCAGACAGCAAAUCAUNCAGCCAGUCAUAUCCAACCCCAAGUGUGGAUCACUUGAGAUUCGAACCCGGGAUCUUUGGUCAUGGAGUUGA